UGGAUCACUGGCUCUACAGAGGUCAGUCGGGCACUGCUAGGCAAAUCUCUUUUCUUCUCCAUGGAUCUGGGCUGGUAGGGGGGAGUGACCGUGAUGUCAUCUGAGAGCCGGGUUGAGCCCCGUCAGCACAGAGAAGAGCCAGCUGCUGGACAGAGACAGGACACACAGCAUGUCCGUGGAUACACACAGCAGACGAUGAGCGGCCUGGGCCAAUCAGACGAGGAGGAGAAGGGCAGCCCGCUGAAUGCUGGGGUUGAGGUGGUGGUGCCACAACAUGUGAAUGGAGCUGGAAUGCAGAAGGAGAAGAGCAAGGAGAUAAGGAGACGGGCCGCUCAGAUGCACAGAGUAAAACAUCUGGAUGCAGCCCCGCCAGGUUCGGUGAGCAACUCAAUUGUUGAGAGGGACAGAGACAAGCGGCCUGAAGAUCCACGGGGCCCUGGACCCUUCUUCUUCUUUGGGGGGAGCAAUGGGGCCUCCAUAGUUGUUUCAUAUUGUGAGGGUCGAGGCUGGCAGCGCAUAUUUGACAAGACCAGGACGGACUACAAGCUCAAAUGGUGUGAAACUAAAUCACCUGCUACCUACAACGGCUUCAAAGCAGGUGGCCAAUUGCUUUACCAGAUACCCAAUAAUAAGGUCUUGACCACUAAGAUUGGCCUUCUGAACAGCCUACGGGAAUAUGACAGAGUCAGCAGCAAGGUUAAUUAUGGAUGUGGAAACAGGAGGAUGAAGCUUGAGGACUUCUUUCCUGUCACUUUCCGUAUGGAUAUGAAGGAUGAGAGAGAAGCUUACUUUAAAGGAAUAUGCAAUGAUAAAUCCAGCAUGUGGAUCUGCAAGCCGACAGGCCUUAAUCAGGGUCGUGGUAUUUUUCUACUGCGGAUGCCAGAAGACAUCACAGCAUUCAGAGAACGACUGCAGAACACAAUGGAGAAGAACAGGAAGUCGCCUUUCAAUACGCCACAAGCUCUGAUUGUUCAACGGUACAUCGAGAACCCUUUGCUACUAAAAGGCCGGAAAUUUGAUGUGCGGUCAUACUUUCUAAUUGCUUGCACCUCGCCAUACAUGGUGUUUUUUCGCCAUGGUUAUGUCCGAUUGACAUGUAACCUUUAUGACCCCAACUCUGACAAUAUCACAGCCCACUUGACCAAUCAAUACAUGCAGAAGAAACACCCUCUCUACAGCCUGCUAAAAGAGGAGACCGUUUGGUCCAUGGAGCGCUUCAAUACAUACAUUAAUGAGACAUACAUGCUGUCAAAGGGUCUGCCUAAAGAUUGGGUUCUGGGUCCUUUCGCAAAAAGGAUGCAAACUGUCAUCAUGCAGUGCUUUCAAGCCGUCAAAGCCAAGCUGGACUGCAAACUUGGUUACUUUGACCUAAUUGGCUGUGACUUCAUGAUUGAUGAGGAUUUCAAGGUCUGGUUGCUCGAGAUGAACUGUAACCCUGCCCUGCAUACUAACUGUGAAGUACUGAAAGAUGUGAUACCACGGACAGUCAAUGAGGCACUUGACCUUUCUUUGGAAAUCUUUAAUAAGUCUUGCUGUGGACUGAAACUGCUUCCACUAAACAGUCGAAGAGAGUUUCUAUUUCUGUAUGGUGGUGAGACAGCGGCCAUAACCAAACAGAGGCAAAACAAAACCACCGGGCCCUUCUUGACCCUCCAUUCGAAGAGUUGCUCCACCCACGACAACACAGAUAAAACUGUUGCCUUAGAAACACAAACAGGGAAAUCAACUAAUAGGUACAACAAGUGUUCUGAAACUCAAGGCAAAUUUCCUUUCUCUUCCACCGCCAUCCACUCUUCCACUGUUUUGUCCAAUACCAGCCCACCUUCACAGCAGCCAAUGAAACAACAUGCAGCAGUAGCAGCUAUAACACAGAAGCCUCUGACAUCCAAAGCUCAAGAAACAAACCAGUCUCGACCAUACCAGUCCAGACCUGUCCGUGCACGUGUGGAGUUGCACCUCAGCAAGUGCACCUGGCAUCAACCUGCAGUGAUAUCCAACCUCAACGUGCCUCCACAACCGGUGAGAAGGGCUAUCACGUCAUUGUCUACACCAGCCCUGAGCAAAGGCUCAAACCCCACACAAAGACUUGGAACUCAAGGCUGGCAGACAGACAAAAUUAUGCAUAUGAGUUACAACCUAAAGAUGUCCCAGAUUCAAUUGGCUGAGCCAUACUCCCUCCACACUGUGGGGACAGAAAAGAAAGAGCCCAAAGAAAAGAAAAAGGAAGAUGACACUGCACUUUUACAUCAAAAGAGUUAUUAUAAGGGCUUCUUCUCAAAAUAAUUAGAAUUUGCUUCUCCUUAUGACU